AUGCGGAUGCCUCCAGGGCAGAACCAAAGCUGGGUUUCUGAAUUUAUCCUGCUUGGCUUCUCCAGUGACCCCACGACCAACAGGAUCCUCUUCAUUGCCUUCCUUCUCCUUUAUCUGAGCUCAGUCCUUGGCAGUGGGCUCAUCACCACCCUGAUAUGCCUGGACAUGCACCUCCACACUCCCAUGUACUUCUUCCUCUGUAUCCUCUCCCUGCUGGAUAUGGGCUCUGUCACCACCACCAUGCCCCAGAUGUUGGUGCAUCUUCUCGCUCAACCUCAGACCAUCUCCUUUGCUGGCUGUUGGCUACAAAUGUAUAUGUUUGGUGCUCUGGGCCUGACCGAGUCCAUUUUCUUUGUAGUCAUGGCUUAUGACCGAUAUGUGGCCGUCUGCUACCCACUGCAUUAUGCUGUCAUCCUUAGCUGGGGUCUGUGCACACGGCUGUCACCUGGGACCUGGGCCUGUGGUUUCUUCUUCUCUCUGAUCCAUACUUUUUUCACCAUGAGGCUGCCAUACUGUGGGCCGAACAUGGUCAACCACUACUUCUGUGAGGGUCCCUCAGUACGAAGCUUGGAUUGCAUGGAUACCAACCUCAUUGCGAUGGUGGACCUGGUCAUCAGUGUCUUCAUGGUUGUUGCCCUACUCUCCCUCAUUGUGGCUUCCUACAUCCGUAUUGCCCAGGCCAUUCUCAAGAUCAAGUCCAUGCAGCCCCUCUGCAAGGCUUUCUUUAUCUGUGCUUCCCAUCUGACCGUCACAUACUUCUAUGCUCCAGCCACCUACAUCUAUAUAAGGCCCAAUUCAAGCUAUUCUCUUGAGCAAGAGAAGCAGAUCUCAUUCUUUUAUAAUGUCUUCACUGCCCUGCUUAACCCUGUGGUCUAUAGUUUGAGGAACAAGGACAUUAAGAGGACUUUUCUCAAAGUGAUGCAGAGGAGUAGAUUAGCCUGGUGA